UCGCAUCUCUAAGCAUUUCAAGUUAAUACAGGAAACAAGAGAUAAUCAUGUCUCCUCUAAUACUUUACUCGGCACUAGUGGCCGUCUUCGUCUAUUGCCUUCUUCAGCUGCGAAGCCUUCGUGACCGUCACGGCAAACCCCUUCCACCAGGCCCAAAACCAUGGCCCCUAGUUGGAAACCUACCCCAUUUGGGGCCUAUGCCUCACCACUCCAUGGCAGCCCUGGCAAAGACAUAUGGACCUCUCAUGCACCUCCGGUUCGGCUUCGUCGACGUGGUGGUGGCGGCAUCGGCUUCCGUGGCUGCUCAGUUUUUGAAAGUACACGAUUCCAACUUCUCUAGCAGGCCACCAAACUCCGGUGCCAAACAUAUUGCAUAUAAUUACCAAGACCUUGUGUUUGCACCCUAUGGGCCACGAUGGCGCAUGCUUCGGAAGAUCAGCUCCGUCCAUCUCUUCUCGGCUAAGUCCUUGGAUGAUUUUAGACAUAUUAGACAGGAAGAAGUGGCAGUGCUUACAGGGGCACUGACAAGAUCAGGUCCAACUACACCAGUGAACUUGGGUCAAUUGCUCAAUGUUUGCACAGCUAACGCUCUUGGGAGGGUGAUGUUAGGGAGGCGCGUGUUCGGCGACGGCAGUGGUGAUGGUGACCCGAAGGCAGAUGAAUUCAAGUCAAUGGUGGUGGAGGUAAUGGUGUUGGCUGGUGUGUUUAACAUCGGUGACUUUGUUCCUGCUUUGGAGUGGCUUGACUUGCAGGGUGUAGCAGCUAAAAUGAAGAAGCUUCAUAAGAGAUUUGAUGCUUUCUUGACUAACAUUGUAGAGGAGCAUAAAACCAGCAGCAGCACUGCUUCUGUUAGAUCAGAGAAGCACAAUGACAUGUUGAGCACGUUGAUUGCUCUGAAGGAGCAGCGGGAUGUUGAUGGUGAGGAAGGGAAGCUCACGGACACUGAAAUCAAAGCAUUGCUUUUGAAUAUGUUCACUGCUGGCACCGACACAUCGUCGAGCACAGUGGAAUGGGCUAUUGCAGAGCUUAUACGGCACCCAGACAUCCUGGCCCAGGUCCGACAAGAGCUCGACUCCGUCGUCGGUCGAGACCGUCUGGUAACUGAAUUGGACUUGGCGCAACUCACCUACCUCCAAGCCGUGGUCAAGGAAACCUUCCGGCUCCACCCUUCAACGCCAUUGUCUCUUCCACGCAUUGCCGCGGAAAGCUGUGAGAUUGGGGGCUACCACAUUCCGAAGGGCACUACUGUUUUGGUGAAUGUAUGGGCCAUAGCUCGUGACCCCGAUGUAUGGACUAAGCCGCUUGAGUUUCGGCCAGAAAGGUUUCUUCCCGGUGGGGAAAAGGCUGAUGUUGACGUUAAGGGAAAUGAUUUUGAGCUUAUACCAUUCGGUGCUGGGCGCAGGAUUUGUGCAGGGAUGAGUCUCGGGCUGCGUAUGGUUCAGCUAUUGACUGCAACUUUGAUCCACGCCUUUGACUGGCAGUUGGCCGAUGGGUUGGUGCCGGAGAAAUUGAACAUGGACGAGGCAUACGGUCUGACUUUACAACGUGCCGUCCCCUUAAUGGUGCACCCUAGGCCAAGGUUAUCCCCAAAAGCCUACCGGACACCAAAUUAAAAAAAAAAAAAAAGGAUGAUCAUGGUGCUCGCGUUUUUUUUUUUUUUUGAGAGUGUGAGAUAAUCUAUCUAUUAAUCUAUGUUUGAUAUGUUAAAAAAAUUCAGACUUUGCAAUGCCGUGUGAGUUGUCUGAAGAUUUUCAAUGUUGUGUAAUUAAAUGCAAAAUAAAUAUGUUUUUUU